GCCGCGGCCGCUGCUGAUUCAUUGGCUGUAGCCGGGCGCGGCUCGGCUCGGCUCGGCUCGGUUUGGUGCGGUGUUGCAGCUACUACCACCGCCGCUGGGCGGCGCCACAGCAGUUGCAGGCAGGAAGAUUGGAUAUUUCUCAUACAAGACCUUGAGCUGCACCUCAAGUCCUGCACGUUUAGGAUCUUGUGAAUUGGCAAAGAAGCACAGACCAUUUGGCUAAGUAUUUCCUGCAAACUCCUUUCUUAUCUGCACUCAAAAGUGGCAGAGCUUGCUCAAAACAAUAACCAUAGGUUAGGGCUGUAGAAAGCUGGGUUCUGUGUGUUUUAGCUCAUGCAGAGCAGAGUCGCUACAUUUGUGCUUCAUUUCCUCAUUGGCUCCUUUGUGAUUGCACCUCUUAGACCUUGGGCUGGAGUAAAAAGCAGUGCAGUGCUGAUGAAGGCUGGUUCCUUUGCCCCCCCAGAAUAUUGCUGUUAUUAUGGGGACUCAGGGCAAAGGAACAGCCUGAGUUACUAACUUCCUGUAGCCAGCAGCUUCUGGUUUAAUUGCACUGCCUAGCCUAUGGAACUGAUGUACCAGCUUACUUAGCCUUGGACUGCUCAGUUUGAAAUGUUGUUGCUUUCUGUGCAUGUUUGGCUUCUGGGAUGUUCAUUGUUUGCAAGGGGCCAGAAGUCGAUCAAGUUUUCAGACUCUGCACCGGUAAGCAGAAUGGAAACAUGAAAAAUUAAUGUAGUUUUUGAUUGAAAAUGUGCCUCAUUUCUUGCAUCUUCCUCACUGGUAGUUUAUCUUGCUUCAGAUAUGAAGAAGUAGAUUGAUCAGUCUGCAUAAAUUUACUGUUGUGUGUGCAGGUCAGAUUUGGAGGUGGUUGUUGCUGGUUACAUACAAGGCCAGUUCCAGAUGUACACAAAAUCAGAUUUGCCUUGGUGGCCCCAGUGGCAGCUUAAACCAUGAAACUGUGCUUCAGACAUGGUGUGUGUCCAGUUUCAGAGAACCUUGGUGUCUGUGUGAAAGCUGCACAUUGAAACGCUUCUCACACAGAAAAAUCUAGGUUGGAAGGGACCCCUGGUGGUCAUCUGGUCUGAUCUCCUGCUCAAAGCAUGUUCAAUUAAAUCAGGUGCGAGAUGUCUGCCCUGAGGUUGAUUUCUAACAGAACCUCCCAGCAGGCCUUGUCUAACUCUGAUUACACCUGGGAGUAUGAGUACUAUGAGUAUGGACCAGUGUCAUUUGAAGGCCUGAAGGCUCAUAAAUAUUCCAUUGUGAUUGGAUUUUGGGUUGGUCUUGCAGUUUUUGUCAUCUUCAUGUUCUUUGUUUUGACCUUGCUGACGAAGACAGGAGCACCACAUCAAGAAAAUACAGAAUCUUCUGAAAAAAGAUUUCGGAUGAAUAGCUUCGUGGCAGAUUUUGGAAGACCUCUGGAGUCGGAGAGAGUCUUUUCUCGUCAAAUAGCUGACGAGUCCCGGUCACUUUUCCAUUUCUGCAUUAAUGAAGUGGAACAUCUCAACAAAGCGCAACAAAGUCAGAAAGGUCCAGAUCUGGAGAGCAAUAUCCACUUCCAGGAAGUUUCCAGGAGCGGUGGAACAUUAGAGGAGGACCUAAAUUGUCUUACGAAAUUUAACAUUCCUAACUUCGUGAACACUGAGCAGAAUUCUUCACUAGGUGAGGAUGAUCUGCUCAUCUCAGAGCCACCUAGAGUUUUAGAAAGCAAAAUGGCCGUGCAGGCUUCUCAUCGGAUCCUUGACUGAAAAUUUCUUAAGGUAAAAAUUCCAGUCAGAAGCCCUUCUCCUCCUUCUGGCUAUUUUGCUAGAAGGUAUUUCAGGCAUGUGCUUUUUGUUUUUUUUUAUUGUACGUAAGAAUGGCUGUGCUUACAAAGCAGUCCACGUGAUAAUUAAAACACCAAAUGCUUAA